GUUUCACAAUCUGGGCAAAAUUUCUUUGGAAAACCUAGACGAUGAAAACGUAAACAGUCUUUUGAGGGACGAUGAUGACACAAACCUCAUGGGAAAUUCCAACAAAGCUGUAAAAACAAGUUCAACCGUCCAAGAUGGCGCCUCGCUAACGGCGCAAGGAUCAAGCUCCAUGCCUGAUAUGAACUUACUUACAAAUGCGAUUCUGGAAUUAACCAGAAAAAUAUCUGAUGUGGACUCGCCUCUGGCCAGAAAGGAGUCUGGCAGUGGGAAACGACCUGUAAGUGAGGUCAGGAGGGAUGAAGACUUAAUUCCCGCCAAAAUUCCCAAGAGGGACAACAACAAACCCUCCACAUCACAAGGCCAAGAAACGCACUCCGUGAGUGCCGGGGCCGCCGUUGAUGAUCUUUAUGACUCUGUUUUAAAUCAGAGUUCAGGCCAAGWUGAAAAUGGCAAUGAAGUCGCUCGUAGCGAUGAAACCGAGGAUGAAAUCCUUUCAGAUCUCGUCAAAGAAUACAAGUCUGAUGACAUUGUAGGCGAAAAGCUCAAAAGUGAACAGCUUGCUAAAUUAGUCAACAAGAUGUUCCGCUGUAAGCUGGCCGACAAAACUUUAACGGAACGCUUAGAGCGCCAAGAGAGGCCAGCCAACUGUGAAGCAGCCAAAACCCCCAGGGUAAACCCUGGAAUUUGGCGAAAACUCAGAGAGGCCACGAAGAAACGAGACCUCCAGUUUUUCAAGAUACAGCAAUCCCUCAUUAAAGGGAUUUUACCUGUUCUACGCAUGACAGAUAAGCUUCUCAGUGCAAAAACCUUGGACUCUGCUGAGUGCCAGGAUUUGAAAAAACAUGGCCUGGAAGCAAUGUCCCUACUUACUCAUGCAUCGUAUGAAAUCAACAUACAACGUCGCCUACUCAUGAAACCAGAUAUUGGUAAAGAAUAUGGGUCACUUUGUUCAUCCCAAUUACCCUUUACAGACUUCCUGUUUGGGGAUGGUCUGCAAAAGCAUCUAAAGGACAUUGGUGACCAAAAUAAAAUUGGUGCCAAGUUUCAUAACAAUAGCUACCAGGGCAAAGGGAAAUACAAUGCCUCGGGCAAACCCAAUUAUAAGUCAAAAAACUACAAGGGCCAGCCUCGCAAACCCUGGAAGAACAAGAACCAGGACAACAAGUCCAGUGCCAGCCAAUAA